GGGGUCUGUCAACAUAAACAACAUUGGCCGCCUUUCGUGUGCUCAGGGAUGUGACCAAAUAUUUAUAUUGGAAAUGUAACGGUAGGGUUCAUUAUUUUUUACAGAUAUGGAAGUGUUGGCAAUUUUAAGAGUACUACUGCCAACAUGUCCGUGAAUUUCACGAUGAAAAACGCAAAUAACGCACAAAACCUUGACAGUUGUGAUGCCAGCUUCCCGAGAGCGCUGGUGACAUACAUUUGCCAGCACCAGUCCACAAACUGCUCCAUUACUUUUACUGAAGUAUCCUAGCAACUAGAGUUUAUGUCUUUCAGGUUUAAGUAAAAGUGCCAAGUGAAGAUGAUGGAAGAUGUGAAUGCAGAAUGUAAAAAAUUCCGUGCAGAGUGGGCCAACUUCCACAAAGUGACCCGAGUACUGGUAAAAGCUCUGCGGAGGAUACACCAUGGAGUGAGAGCUGAACAUGCACAGCUCAAGGGCAGUAUGAAAACCUCAGGUUUAAAAUCAAAGGUGCUGGCUAGACAUGAAGCUGCAUUUAAGAAAGUUAUUUUGGGUCUUAGAGAUUAUGCAGCAAAUUUUCUGGAGAUGGAAGAACAGUACAGAGAACUCUUAAAGUCUCGCAACAAAUUUUGCAAAAUUCAGUUUGCCAGGGUGGUGGAGAGACAUAACGAGGUUGAAGUACAACGAGACACUAUACUUUUUUCUGUUGAAAGCCUGAUAAAAGCUCAAUUGAAAAUUAUAGCUGGAAAUUUUAGUGAAAGAUCAAAAGUGUUGCCAGAUGCUGGCAUUUUUGAAGUCAUAGCAGCAUACAAUGAAAUACUUAUUAAGCUAAAAAAUAUUUUACCAAAGAAAGAAGAGGAUGAAUAUGAAGAUGAGGAUGAGGAGGAAGACAGUGAAACAGUGUAUAGAACUAUGAUGCCAGACACUUUAGUUCCUCCAUUGUCUUAUUUAAAGCAGAUGACAGCAUCCAAGAUUCUUCAGACUGUAGGUAGAGAAAGAGCACCCCAUGUGACUAAGUGCAUUGCAGAUACUUUAAUGUUAGAAUUUAAAUUAUCAGCUGAAAAUGGGACACUUUUACCAUGGAAACCAGUACAAUAUAGUGGAAAAUUUGGGCUGAUCACUGGUGAUAUAUUUGAAGAAGCAAUUGCUAAGGAAGAAGAUGAAAAUAAAAUAAAUCAGCAAAAGUUAGACCUAGCUUUACGAAUGGAAUUUGGAGAAGAUUUUCCUGGCACAGACUACCUGCCAGCCAAUGAUGCUGGAGAUGUAACAGGUCCUGUAUGUUGUUCCAAAGUUGAUUCUCUUAUCAAAACUAACUCCGAGCUACUUAAUUUACUUGUUGAGAAGUUUACAAAAACAACAGGAGUUCUCGUCAAAGGAAUGGUCAAACAAAGCAAAUCUGGAGAGAAACGCUUGAGUAAAGCUGCCAGAACACGAAUUGAAACAUAUUAUGUGGAAAGAGUCUGGGGCGAGGGAUCAGAAUUUGUUGAAGAACUGGUGUUAUGGAUUCCUCCACCCACCAGACCACCACCCUUCCCACCCCCAGCUCUUCUCACUUCUUUGAAGCUGUUUCAAGCACUCACUGUCUUCAAGCAGUACUGUAAUAAGGCCCUUAUCCCUGAAUCCUGUUAUGCAAGUUGUGAGGGUAUUGUUGAUGAGUGCCGACACCUGGCCACUAGUUCAUGUGUAGACAGGGGUCUAGUGCGUGGUAUUGGGUCAUAUGCUCGCUCUUGUCCUCUGCCUUUUAAGUUACCCGAUGGAAAUUUCUCUACUGUAGGUGGUGAUGGCAUUGGAGAUGUCAUUCAAUUAUUAGUUUGGGAAAUCAAUGAAAUAGAACGAGCAGAAGUUGAAAAGGAACCCAAAGACUGGCCAGUGGGAGAUGAGGUAGGGUUGCUUCUUAGACUUGGAGCAGCUGUCAGUUCAAUGCUGUGCUGGUUGCAGCUUCGUGCAACUCACCUCCUGCACACUUGGAACACAGCACCUUACUACCUUCUAACACAAGCUGAUCUACCCAGAGCUAUUCAAGAACUGAAAAUGCUGCGAAUCCAGGAAAGAGAUAACCUUAUAAAAACAGAUGACAUGGCUCGCCUGCUGUAUGCCAUGUCUCGUGACAACCUUGUGAAGAUGAUCGAGAAAGUGGUUGACAACGUGAAGGACUAUGAAGAUGAGUCAAUAGAAGCUGUUAGUGCUGUCUGUCGAACAGUGAGUCUGGCACAGUUACAAAAUUCUAUGCCCAAACCACGAAUCUGGCGCGGAAUCGGCCGUAUUCCUCAUGAACCACAUUUUUAUGUCUACGAAUAUAUUGCUGCUGUGCUAGAACCAGUAUUAGAUGCCGUAUCCAAGCUUGGUGUGGUGCUACAACGGCGUGCCGGAGCCACCGUUCUAAAAGUAGUGUGUUAUGCCUGGCUGGAACACAUCAGGGUUCAGAAGAUAAAGUUUUCACUCUGGGGUGCACAACAAUUAUUGAAAGAUUUUCAUGCACUAGCUGAGUGGCUGCAGAAGUAUCCAGGUCUAGCUCCAGAGGCUCGUACUCAAGUGUUGGCUGUAGAUGUUCUGCGGGAGUGUGAGGGGGUGGCUAGGUUACUCAUGAGGCAACCCCCACUAGUUGUGGGAUAUACCUCACAAAACCAGGUAGCACCUAUGGGUCCUAUUAUUGCAGGACGAAAACACGAUAAGGAAGUCAAAUUAAGUACAGACAAUGAUGAUAUCCCUGCAGAGAUGUAUGUUCCAAACCAACAACUCUGGCUCUCCUUAAGAGCACGACCUGCUUCCUCUGUCUGUGUCAAGAUGGGUUCCUGUUGUUCUUGGCCUUACUAACUAGAAAAUAGUUUAGUAUUGACUUUAAAUAUUGUUGAUCUUGUUAAUAGCUAACCUGUAUACCAUGCCUUAUGAAUAAUGCCACUAGGUCCUAAGUCUUCAUUAGAGAUGCCCUACAACAUUCCUGAGAGAAUUAAUUAUUAAUUCUUUCUUACUUUUCAAUACAAAUAAAAUGAUGUAUGUAUGUCUGAUAAUGAAUAUUGCAUUCAGUUAACUUUUCAGAGCAGGGCAGGAAAGUCAGUUGCUCACUGAGGGAGCCACCCAGAAUGUGUAAUUUCAUUAUACUUAGCUACAUAUUUUUUAUGAAUUUCUUCAAGCUGUAUCAUUAUACAGUACUGUAUUUUAAAUUGACAACUCACAAUUUAAAGUUGAACAAAGAUAUCAGGAGCAUACUUAGAAAUGUCAAAUUCUAUACAGUUAACUGGUAUUCAGUGGUAAAUGUUGGAAUACAGUAUCAUGAUUUAUAAAAAAUAACAAUGUGACUUAACUUUCAUAUACAGUACAGUAACUGCAUUUAAUAUUUAUUGUUAUUUUAAUAAAUAAUUAUAAAAUGGCACCAAGCCUGGAAUGUUUCAUUAGUAUUUAUAGUAGAAUGUUUCAUCUAUGCAAAACUUUCCUGAAGGGUUGGGAGGUAUAUAUAUAUAUAUAUGGAAACCGUAUAUGGAAAGUUUAGUUAAAAAUAUAUAUAGUAGGUAAAAAAUUCAAAUUGUGUUACGAACUCAGACUGAUAAUAGUCUUACACAUGUAUUUUUACAGUUCAUAGUUAAUAAGGACACCAAUUUAAGCCAACACAAUUAGUAUAAAUAAAUAAUAACAAAUAAAUAAUGAUCAUGUAUAUUAAGGUAUCUAUCUAAUGCUCAGUCUGUGGAUACAAGUCACAAGACGAUUCGCCAGCGGAUUUUGAAACUUGCUUAACCUCACCUAGCUCAACCCAACCUAACCUAACUUAACCCAAACCAACCUAACUGAACCCAAUACAUCCUAACCUAAACUAAUACAACCUUGCAUAACAAUAUAUACGCUUUUAACAAACAGAAAACGAGCUACGUCGAAUCGUCUCGUGUCCGAUACAUCCAAUCCCCCAGACUCAUCAGCACUCUUAUAGUUAUCAGACAGAUGACGAGAAGUAUUUUCAGGUUACAGUAUUUCCACUAUUAUAUACCAGUAAAGGCAACUUAGUGAAAUGAGAAUGAGAAUUUUGUUGUAGAUGAAUAGAAAUGAUUAGUAUUUUUAAAUUAAAGAUUUUUCUUUCUUUGAAAUUAUGUAUCAUCCUAGAAGCAACAAAAUAUGGUACAGAUAUAUUACAAUGCUUGCUUUAUAUUUUACUUCUCAUACUGUAGCAGCUUGGUAUAAUCUUAGUAUGUAUUAUAUUAUAGUGCUGACUUACCAUCAUU